GAUCGAUAUUAUCUAGGAGAUGAGAAACUCUAUCAGUACAAAGCACUCCGCGUGUACCGCCAGGUCUUGUUGACUGAGCUCCGCGCCAUGGUCAACCAACUCCACAUCCCAGUCACCUAUGGCUUGAAAUUCAGCCACAUCAUCUCCGAGGACGAUAACGGCGUCUCGUUUGCUUUCGUCGAUGGAACUCGCGCUUCUGCCGACAUCCUCGUAGGCGCAGAUGGCAUUCACUCCACCGUUCGCAAAUACGUUGCCCCGGGCAUCGUACCCAAGUACUCUGGCCAAGUCGCAAUCACGUGCGCUAUCCAAAAGACGAAGAUAAUCCCUUCGGGAGUCCACUACGACAUGCCCGUCGCUAUUCACGGCAAAAACGGCGCCUUUGUCAUGGCCCCUCAGAAUGUCGAUGGGUCCGAGGUGCUCGCUGGUACACAGCGUGCUUGGCCAGAACAGGACAGAGCUGGCUGGGAUGCUCUUCUAGCCGACAAGGAAAAACUGCUAGCUCUAUUCCGUACGAAUAUCGAAGACUGGCCGCCGACGGCGCAAUCGGCCCUCAACAAUGUUCCCGAGAACACAUUGUCAAUCUGGCCCUACUACGUUGUGCCUAAGCUCGAGCGUUGGUUCUCUCCAGGAAAGCGUGUCAUCAUCCUUGGGGAUGCGGCGCACGCUAUUCCUCCGACCGCUGGACAAGGCGCCUCGCAGGGAUUUGAGGAUAGCUUCACGCUUGCUGCGCUUCUGCCCCGACUAGCUGCGAACCUGCCGCUCGACAAGGCCCUCGUAUACUGGAAGGACAUGCGCCAGGAGCGUGUCGAUAAGGUCAUUGCACUCACGCUUCAGCUCAACAACACAAGGUUGCCCCAGGCUGAACGCGAGAAGUUGGAGAAAGAGGGCAAGGCUUGGCAGAGCGGCGAUGCCGGCGAGCUUGGAUGGUUAUACAAUGCAUUGGUCGAGGAAGAUGUCUUGGCCUGGGUCAAGGCUGAGACAAAGGUUGCACACACCUGUCCUGUCGACUGGAUUACUUCCAAGCUCGUAGGAUGAUUCGGGCAGGCCGCGUGAAGGCUAUUCGGAGUGCUUGGUAUUCCAAGAUGGCUGGCGUCUGAAGCUUUCAUGGGAUCAGGGUUCUUGAAAUAUCAUAGCAUUCGCUGUGGGAUCUGGGGUAUGCCAAGUAGAUACAAUGCACACUAGUUUCUUACC